AUGGUUUCUCCAUCAAAAACAAUCACCAACAAUCCACUUUUCUCUUGCAUCAUCACUCUUUCCAUUUUGAUUCUUCUUUAUUUUCCCCAUAGAUUUUCCCUCCUUUUCUCUCCGGUCCUCGUUUUGACAGUUUCCCUCUUGCUUUCCCUCCUUCGUCUCGGCGCAUCACAGAGAAUCCAAACGGGAAAAAUAGAAAAAGGAAGCGUGGCGAGAGUCGAAGAGCUUGAAGAAGAAGAAGAAGAAGAAGAAGAAGCACCGGUGGAGCUCAAAUGGGCAACAUGUAAAAACGACCCAGACCUUAUAAUGCAGAGCUUCGAAGAAACGUUCGUCGAAUGGGACGUGAGAGCUCCUUUAGAAGUUAUAUACGAAGAAGGAGAAGAAGAGGGGAAGGAUCCGAAUUUGAAUUUGGAUCAGACCCGUGGCAUCGAGAGGUACCCGUCGUUGUCGCUUUACGACCCGGAAUCGGAUUCGGAUAGCUCAUCGGAGGAGGAAAUGGAUUUUCCGGCGAUCGGAAAAUGGAAUUCGUCGGAGAAGAUGGGUUAUCGAUGGGAAGAGGAAGAUAAAGAAGGGUUGAUUGAGAUAGAACUCAAUAAGAGAGAUGUUGAUUUUCAUGGAGAAGAUGAUAAUUUGAUAGAAAUUGAUAUUUAUUGA